AUUUGAGAGGUGGCGGCCACUCAUGCCAGUCAUCCAAGGCUCCGCUGGUGCAGUGAACAAAUGUGGAGCAACCCGAUGAAACGAGUCGCAUGUCACAUUUUGUCAGUACAACAGCAUGGCCAUUAAAUUAAAGAUCCUGUUUAAGCCCUACGAAUGGGGAGGGGGGGGGGGGGGCUGUUGUCAUUGAGCCACUUUGGUUCCAAAGUUAUAGUCACUCGAAGUUGGGGAAUCAGAGACGCACAGUUUGGAGAGAAUCAAGCUUUUGCCUGAUGUUUUGAAACAGCUGUGUGUGACUUAUUUAUUACUUAUUUUGUCGCGUUGCUGCGCAGAUAUUCUUUUUGUCGCGUUGCUGCGCAGAUAUUCUUUUUUUAAAAAAUCUGAACUUGUCGUUUGUAGAAAUCCAUGACAUAUGUGAUAGGGUUUGUUUGAAUUUUUGAAGUUUUUCUAAAGUACAGGGGGAAAUCCUAUAGAGAACUCCAACAUGAUCAAUCGUAUGUGUGUAGAUGGUUUACCUCAGAGUUUAGACUUGAUUUUUAGACUUCCGGUCAUAGCAUUGUAUUUCAUGCAGGGUUGUCUUUUCCAGAUCAGUUGUCCUUCGAUUAUUUAUCAGAACUUCAAUUUCAUGUCAGACCCAUUCAGUGUUACUUUCAGCAGAAUUUUUAUUCCAAAAAUACUUAAAUACCUUCCCCUCCUCACUCCUUCCUCUGAAAUACUUAUAUAUAUAUGUGUGUGUAAUAUUGUAGGAGUGGGUUGGCGUCAUUUUUGAGUUGGUACUUUAGUCGUUUUUUCUUUUAAAAAAUCAUUGACUUAUAAAUGGCAGCACUUGGUCGCAGGAGACUGAGAAAAUCCACAAGGGGGACCCUGACAUCCUCCUCUGUGUCCCCCACGUCCCCCCCCCCCUCCCACAAACCCAAAUUCCAAUUUCAUUGAAAUGUCAUCAAGUCUAUGCUGCUACUACUGUAAAAAAAAAUAUUUAAAAAAUAAUAAUAUUCAAGAAACACUACUACUGAAUGCAAGCAGUUGGGACCUCAAACAGGAUGGGGGAAAUAUCUUUCCUCCAGUGUUAGUGGCAGCUGAGAUGAGAGCUUGGCUGUGCUAGAGGGUGCUAGGAGGACAUUCUGUUGUGGGCUUAGAAUUUUCAUACCCACGGUUUUCUGCAUCAUGUCAUUUUUUUUUUCCCCGAAGUGAAUCUCAACUGUUUAAACUCCCACUGUAUCUGACGUUAGAGAAAAUGGUGGUGUUUGUGAAAGAAGCAUGUUUCUUCCGGGGGGGGGGUGGGUGUUGCUUUUUUCAAUAUUGGUCUUUUUUUUGUUUCUGUGAAGCGCUGGUAGUCCCUCUUGACUUGUCGCUCUCCUUUCUGCUGUUCUUAUUAGGUCGCUUUUAAGCACAAGGGGGCUACCCCAAAAAGAGCUGUUUUGAGAAAAUCGAAGGUAAAGUUUUUGGACCCUUUUUCAGUUUCUUUAAAAGACAAUGAGAGUUUUCUCUAUAACCAAACAAAUAUACACCCAAGUGAAACCCAACUUCUCCUAGAGGUAAGGCAAUGCCCACUUUGGGUGUAGGUCUAGAUUUCUAGAUACCCCCGAAAUCUGGGUUAGCCCGCUUGUCCUUAAAGCAACCAUGUAAGAUAAUGUGUAAGUUUGUUUGGGUUUUUAUUCCUGCUGGUAGGUAGGCGGUUCGAGGAUGCUGCUGUUUGGUUUUCCACUACUAUCUAUCUAUAUGUUGUUUCUGUCUGAACAUACUUUUCCAAGCUCUAUAUUAUGAGAGUAAUUGCUUUAAAUGAAAGUUUUCACGCUCGCAAAAAUUUUAAUGCUUUUGAAGGGAAGAGAAACAGGGACGCAAAUUUAAGUGUCGCAAAUCUUCCUGUUUCCCCAAACGUGGGCUGGCCUGAUUAUGUUUUUGUCUUGAUUUUUUCUUAAUUGCUGGCGAAAAAAACAAAAAUCAAAUCAAUCAGUUUAUUUGAAAAAAUGUAAAGUUUGUUUUGCAAACAUC